CAAAGUUCGUAAUUUUUCUUACUGUUUAGUUUGAUAAACAUAGUUUCCAAGUGCAGCCAUCACUUAAAUACAACGCAAUGAGUCGCUGGGAUAAACGCACUGACGAUGGACAUCACCGGCAACGACGGCGAGAAGAUGAGAAGUUUAACCAAACCAGAUCUUCGCUAAGUCAAAAUAAAUCUCUAGCUAGUUCAGAAACACCAUCCCCGGUGUAUUCCGGUUCACGCUCCCGGUCUCGUUCGCCCCCAUCACAUUUCUCUUCCCGACCAUGCCCAUCGCAACAGACACAACAGAGACGAUCAGCUGAACGACAAGCUGAAGAAGAACGGCUGCGGCGACAGGACGCACUUAACAGCAAGAGACGCAUCUACAACACAGCUGGUCAGAACGGUACCGGCACCGGUCCCGGUGGCACGCUAGGACUAUCAGGGAUUCGCCCACCCACCUCGGGCGGUAUAGCAGUUGGCCAGCCACCCAUCCUCAAGGUGAAGGCACCGGUCGGAGGCAUACAGAUGAAGCUAGCCGCCCCUCUCAGCAAAGAACCUCAGCGGCUCAUGAAACCGAUCGCGAAUGCGUUCCGUCAGGCGGACGAAAGCGACGACAGUGAGCCGGAAGAGAUGCCCGCCGAGUGUCGGAUGCGAAUGCGCAACAUUGGGAGAGACACACCCACUUCCUCCGGGCCGAAUUCUUUCGGGAAGACAAAGCACGGCUUCUGUGAUUCGAAGAAGAUCUUCGAGAAGAAGAUCGGGGGUGGCCUUAGUGAUCGUUAGGGCAUUACUAUGAGAGCGCGGGUAUUACUAUGUCGCACUCGUGCUCGCCAUCAGCCUGAUACGUGUCCAUGACGGUGCGUUGGCGGAGGCGUGUAGAAAUUACUACUUUUGUAUGUGUCAUGUAUCUCUUCCAGCAUAAUCCUUCUAAAUAGAGUCAGUUUCUUAUUUACUGUAGUAAAUUUUAGAUUGUUCGUUCCAGCUGCUGUUCUCCCGGUGCGACAAUCUUGCUGCAUUCGUCUGUGGGCAUCCUGUUUUCAGUAUCAAUGGUUCAAUGGCAAUGAAAAAUUAUUUGAUGAACCCAUCUAAACUCUACAAAAGGAAUCGUUUGUAUCGAUAGAACUAAAAUAAAAUUGGCUUUCAGAAGAUUUACCAGAUGAAUCAGUUAAACAAGAAUAUCAUUGAAAUCGAAUCAAAUCCAGCGCAGAUGGGUUUAUUUUGCACAUACCAUUACAGUGUAAACGGUAAUGUUCAGAAGGAAACACAUGCGACCAGAAAGGAAAUUGUGCUAAAAAUGUACAUAUAUGUUUCCCCAGCUGACGCUUGUUCGAAUAAAUGUCCUAGUUUUUCAUAAAAAAAA